UGUACGGGUAAACGUAUAACUUACAUAUUUUGUCAAUGUGGACGACACGGAAUCAAUUAAUUCGAACAUAUUGUGGGCAAGUGUGUGACGUCGAUUUUAUUGUAAAGCUUUGGUUGCAUCACUAAUUUCACCGUAGUCAAUUAUCUACCCUCCUCCAAGGACUAGGUUUGAUCAAAAAUUCCUCGGACGCUGUAACGUACGCAUAUUUUAAGAUUAUGAACCACUAAUUAAAAAGUUGGGGAGGAUUUAAAAUCCAUGCAAAAAAUUAAAUCGUACCCUUGCGGGUUUUUAAUGAAACCAGUGUCUAAAAAUUAGUUAACACUUUGAAAUGCCUCAGUUCACUACAAUUACAACUUUGACACGCCGCGGCAUGAAUUCUACUAUUUCUUUGUCACUUCCGGUCAUACGUUUACCCACACUUCGCUUAAAAUAACACGCAAGUCAUGUUUGGGCUUCGAUUGUCGGUUCGAAAUAUCCUCCUCACCAAUUAUGCCCAUAAAUCUUCGAUGAGAUUUAGGCCAGUAGGUCAGGCAACCCACGAAAGACCAUUAAUUCCUUUUCACUCGAGGUUCCGAUUAAUAAACUUCGUACAAGUGCGAAGGAUUUUAGGAUCUGCGUCGAAGUGCAAAAUUAUUUUCAACAUGAGUCUCAAUUUUCUCGCUCAGCGGACUUGGUUUCCCUCCAGAAUUGUCUGCUGGACUUCCUUGUUGAUGAUUUACUCAGUAAAGAUAAAGUUCCAAUACAAUUCCAAAAUUUUAGGGCCCAAACAAUUGCAAUUCCUUCACUAUUACACGGUCUUUUUCAUGCAUCUGGGUUUAUGAGCUUCUCCAGGUUUCCUCCACAUCUUCACGGCUGCAUUUGACCUAAAUGUGUUGAAUAUGAUUGUGUCAUGCUGACUGACACGUUUUUAGACUUUCAAAUUCCUUUAGCUGAGGACCAGGGUCCAAUUAGGACGCUUCGCCAUAUGCGACUUAUAAAUAAAUUCCUUUUUGCUCGCACUUCGACCCUUAAACCCCAUUUCCCGAAUCCGGCUUCUGAUUCUCAUAGUGGAAACUGUUCUGUUGAAUUGUUCUUGAAGUUAAGGUGCAAUUUUCGGAGCCAAAUGUCCUUAGUUGGACAAGUUCUUGCUGGUUAGAUUUCGAUGCUCGCCCUUGGUCAAUGCCGUUUUGUGUCUGCGUCAAUGAAAAUUACCCAAGAAUCCAGGUUUCAUCCAUGUUUGGACAAUGAAUUGGAUAAUAGGCUCCUAAACCUUCGUGACCAAUGCAAUUUUGUACUAACAUAUCCCUCUCCAAUGCAGAAAAAUAACCCUCUUUCUUCUCACGGCAUAUAUCUAUUUUCUGCUCAUCUUACAGGAUGUCUAGCAGCAUCAAAGUCAAAAAAUUUGAAACUUUUUACAUACAAAUAUUAAAAAACCGUAAAUAAAUCGAAUUUCAUUUAAAAAUUAUUGUUUUUGAGUGUGUGGAAGAACGAGAUGAUUAAAAACUGAAAGGGUACGAUUUAAUUUUUUGCACGAGUUUUCAUUUGUCCUCUAUUAUUUAAUUAAUGGUCCAUCUUCGGUAAGGAAAACGACAAAAUCCAUGUGAUAUUCGGAAUCUACAUUAAAUUUACUACAAAACAGAUGUCUUCCGUAGUAAGAAUUGAUUUCCAGAAACAAGAGACCCAUUAGUUUAUGAUACCUCAGAAAAGGAUGGCCCAAUUAUCUGUAUUCUUCUCAUUAUUCCUCACAUUCUGCACCACCGUUUCUGCCAUCAAUCCAACCUCCUACCCGGAAAUUAACAAUUUUCAAGAAACCCAACUUUUCUGCAUUCAAGAAUCCGCGUCUGGUGGGUUUCUCCAUUACAACGGAUACUCCGAUCAGGAUCAUCUCUUCGGGUUAAGCGUAUCCCAAACCGACUCGUGUUUCGAAGAUGACCGAUUUCUAUUUCGGAACGUCCUCGACAAUGACGGGUUCGUCUGGAUACAGAACGUCAAUCUGGCCUUGCCCCUUCAAAAAUUUGGUGCCUUUAUGGUUGACAAAUGGCAAGAAUUCAUUGUCAUAGGACGAUUCGCAGCGACGGGAGAAAUUCGGGUUUACGUAUUCCGCCAUGAGACCGGGUUAAUAUUGAGUUCGGGGAAUGAUCAUGCCAUCGGAGGGGGAGGCACGGGCCCGUUUCGUGUUCUAAAUACUACAAUUGUAUUAGACUUGGCGGCACGGUGGGAAUUUUUGUAUGAAGGCGGAACUACAUUUUCCGACAGUACGACAACUACACCGCCUGCCACAUCCCCCACAAAUUCAGUCACCCCCACAACCACAGCUGCAACUACGCCCAGUUCGGCGGAAGGAAAUUUUAAAUCAAUUUUCUCCCUAGUCAUAUCGUUGAUAAUACUUAAUUUAGCCUUUGUACAUAUAAGGACAGAAGAAUUUAUUGAGUAAAUAUAUAAAUAUGUAUAUCACAAAGUCGUGUAGCACAGGGUUAUAAUGCUAUCAAAAAUAUUGCUUUUUAUUAAGCGAAUA